UGCCUACUAGUUGUCAAUAAAGUUUUUUGAACAGUGUAAUGGCGGCGCUCACGGCUGUGAGCUGGAGCUGGUUCCUGACUUUAUCAAUCGGAGUGUCUCUGUUAAAAUGCCUGCUUAUAACCACAUAUCAUUCGACAGAUUUCGAGGUCCAUAGAAACUGGCUUGCAAUCACACACAGCUUGCCUGUCUCUCAGUGGUACUAUGAGGCUACUUCAGAAUGGACACUGGAUUAUCCUCCAUUGUUUGCGUGGUUUGAAUAUGGCCUGUCCCACAUUGCUAAGUAUUUUGAUAAAGAAAUGCUGGUUAUUCAGCACUUAAAUCAUGCAAGUCCUGCAACAGUACUCUUCCAAAGGCUGUCAGUCAUCUUAACUGAUAUUGUCUUCAUUUACACAGUAAGAGAGUGUUGUAGGUGUGUUAAUGGGAGGAAAGAAUCGAAGGAACUUCUAGAGGAACCAGCGUUUAUUCUUGCCAUGCUGCUGUUAUGGAACUUCGGGCUCCUGAUCAUUGAUCAUAUUCAUUUUCAGUACAACGGCUUCUUGUUUGGCUUUUUGCUUCUUUCAGUUGCAAGACUCUUGCAGAACAGACAUCUGGAGGGGGCUCUGGUGUUUGCUGUCUUGUUAAACCUGAAACACAUCUACCUGUAUGUUGCACCAGCGUAUGGCAUCUACCUCCUUCGCUCAUACUGCUUCACGAAGAGCGCGCCAGAUGGAUCAGUUAAGUGGAGUAGUUUCAGCUUCACUCGUCUUGUUGCUUUGGGCACAAUCGUCUGUUCUGUGUUUGCAGUUUCAUUUGGGCCUUUCAUAGCCAUGGGUCAGUUACCUCAGGUGCUGUCCCGGCUCUUUCCCUUCAAGAGAGGUCUGUGUCAUGCCUAUUGGGCUCCUAACUUCUGGGCUUUGUACAAUGCGGUGGACAAAGUUCUCUCCAUCCUGGGUUUGAAAUUGAAACUCCUUGAUGCUGAUGGGGCUUCGAAGGCUUCCAUGACUGGAGGUUUGGUGCAAGAAUUCCAGCACACCGUCCUGCCUUCUGUGUCGCCCUUAACAACGUUCAUUUGCACCCUUGUUUCAAUCACACCUGCGGUUCUCUGCCUGUGGCGCAAACCUCAAGGACCCAGAGGCUUCCUGCGGUGCCUGAUCAUUUGUGCUUUGGGAUCUUUCAUGUUUGGUUGGCACGUGCAUGAAAAGGCUAUUCUUAUUGCCAUUCUUCCCUUGAGUUUAAUGGCUGUGGACAAUCGGAGAGAUGCUGGAAUAUUUAUAAUAUUGACCACCACUGGCCACCUCUCUCUCUUCCCUCUUAUCUUUACUGCACCAGAGCAGCCCAUCAAGAUCUUACUAAUGCUCCUGUUUACAAUAUACAGUUUGGCUUCACUACAAAGGCUGUUUAGAAAAGAAGGCAGUUUACUGAGCUGGCUGGAAGCCGUCUAUCUUACAGGGCUGGUUCCCUUGGAAGUUUUCUGUGAAGUGGUGUAUCCGCUGACAAGCUGGCAGCAAACCUUACCUUUCCUGCCUCUGCUGCUUACCUCAGUUUACUGUGCACUAGGAAUAACGUACUCCUUCUUUAAACUUUACCUGUCAAUGCUAACUGAGCCAGAGGGGAUGCAAAAGAGAAAGGACCAGUAAUGUGCUAUUACUGUACCAAUACUGUAAUAAUGGACUGCAGAAAGAUUACUGUAUAUGAGGACCAGGAUCAUGGACAUCUGCUGUGCAACAAGAUGAUUGAAAUGUCUCUUAUAAGAAACAUAUACAUUUACAGUGUAUAAUUGGAAUGGACCAAAUAUUAUAUAUUUUUGGUUUUGGAAUAAAAAGUCAGAGAAAUAAGGAUAAAUAUUGUAGUUUCAUAUAUGUCAAAAACAAAAUGACGAAAACUGCUGUCAAAAUGUGUUUUUUUUCUGUGUUAAUCAUCUUUGUUUUCCAUACAACAAAGCCAGCUAUGUCUUUAACCAAUACAAAGGGUUAAAAAGUGAUGGAAACCAAACCCUAACAGGCACCAACACGUUAUAUUUAUAAUCGUAAAACUUGAGAUAUGAACAUUGUUUUGAGUUUACUGUCACCAUGUCACACAUUUGAAUCAAUGCUAAACAUAUGAUGUUUGUUUUCUUCGUAAAGUAUAUUUAUGAAUUGGCAGUAAAUUAAGAUUUUGUAAUACAGCCAAAUAAAACAAUAUAAAACCGACACCAAUUCCUUUAGCACCUGGCUAAAUAUGUGAUCCUAAUACUCUUAAACUCUUUUUAAGCUACCACUAUGAGAUGCCUGCACAGUAUUUCCGUCUUCCUCAAAUAAUCCUACCAGUUGCCUCUAAAGGCUAAACAGGUAUCUCUUUUUGUACCCUUUCAUUUGCAAAGAGGUAUGUGCAGAAGGGAAUAGGAAAAGGCUAAUUCACUUGCUGCUCCUGCCUUGUUUUCAAUACAUUGUGUUUGUGGGUCUCAGCCUAGCCCCAGG